GGUUUAUGUCGUUCGUUUUGUCAUCAGAUGGACUGUGAUAGAUGUCCGGGUAUGGCAAGGUGCGUGAUUUGCUAAUAGGAAAUUUUAAAGUAUUGCUCACGGUUUGUCCUUUGGAACCGUUGUCGAUAUAUUGCAUCCUACUAUAGUAGGUUAUUGAUUAGUGUGCAACGAUCAGUUGCGGGUAAAGUGCUAAGAGCAGAGCGUAUGGGUUCGAAAAAAGACGAAGUUUCUCCAUCUGAUGUAACUUUGAAUAUGGAUUCCGCGAAGCAAGUUAACGCUAGGCCAUUACGUGCUAACGCUUUUUCCGUCGAAGAAGAGAUACGAAAUCAAGAAGAGCACGAAAAGCAAAAAAUUGGUCACCGGCGCAUAGAUCGUCAGGGCGAGGUGAGCUACAAACGUGUCCCGAGCAAUGCGUUAAUGGGAGCAAUACAACUGGGAAUUGCGAAUUCAGUAGGCUCACUAGCUUCUAUACCAAAAAGAGAUCUCCUACUGCAAGAUUUUGAUGUUGUCCAUACUGUUUCUUUUCCGUCAAGUGGAUCACAAUCAACUCCAUCUCAUAAUUAUGGUGACUUUCGAUUCCAGACUUAUGCGCCGAUCGCAUUCCGAACUUUUCGAGAUCUUUUUGCGAUCAAAACUGCUGAUUUCUUGCGUUCUAUAUGUAUGUUUCCACUGAAGGAGCUAUCAAAUGCAGGAGCAUCUGGAUCCAUAUUCUAUGUCUCUCAUGAUGAUCAAUUUAUAAUCAAAACGGUGCAAUCUAAAGAAGCUGAGUUUCUGAAAAAGCUGCUUCCCGGUUAUUAUAUGAAUUUCAAUCAAAAUCCACAUACAUUAUUGCCAAAAUUCUUUGGAUUAUUUUGUUACCAGAGUUUGGGCAAGAAUAUCCGACUGUUGUUGAUGAAUAACUUAUUACCUCAAACAAUUAUGAUGCAUGAAAAGUAUGAUUUAAAAGGAUCGACUUAUAAAAGGUUGGCAUCGAAACACGAACGCGCGAAGGCUUCACCAACAUUGAAAGAUUUGGAUUUCAUUUCUGUACACCCCGAUGGAUUGCUACUUGAUGUGGGCGUGUAUGAUGCCAUAAUGAAAACUAUUAGCCGAGAUUGUUUGGUGCUUGAAAGUUUCAAAAUAAUGGAUUACAGCCUUCUUGUCGGUAUUCACAAUAAAAGUACGGCAAAAAAUGCAGCCGAUGCUAUUGAUGGUGGAGAACCGUCGACUUCAAAUCAGAAAGCGAAAAAUAAAACCGUUCGAGCGAAAAAUGAGAAAUUAUUGGAUUCAAAUUAUUAUACGCAGUAUGAGCAGAUAUCAUUUCCAGCAAAAAACCAACGAGGAGAUAACUUGUUAUUAUUUCUUGGUAUAAUCGACAUUCUGCAAAAUUAUAGGUUGUUGAAAAAACUAGAACACACCUGGAAAAGUGUACUUCAUGAUGGUGACACAAUUUCUGUCCAUAAUCCGACAUUUUACGCUCAGCGUUUUAUCACUUUUCUCAAAUCGCAUGUAUUUCAUGUGAUGGCAGCUGAGUUGGUACCUAAAGGCGGUCACACAAAGUUCAAAUCGGUCGUUACAUCUUAUUUGGCACUUCGACAUAGUCCUUCCAAACGGUAUCUCCUUAGGCGAAGUUUAACCGAAAAAGACGAAGGCGAAUCAGUUACACUGAUGGAUACUUCACGAAGACCUUUCAGCAAUCUUCAAAAGCCGCGAGAAAAGAAAGUUGAGCGUCUGUUCGCUCCUGAUCCUGAUCCUACGGAACUACUGGAAGCCACUAAGUUACAUUCCUCAGAAGAAAAUGUUAUGACACAUUUGUAAAAUCCAAGUUAAGCCAAGCCAGCUCUGCGCUAAUCUUUCGCUUGUCAUUCAUCUGUCAGUGCGUUUAUGGUUCAUUUUGUAAUAAGUGGAGGAGGAGUUGAAAUAUGUCAAUAUUAAGUGGGGAAAUGUACGGGACUUUUGAACUAAAUACCGAUUUCAUUUUGUUGAUUCGUUUUUGAAAUGAUUCAAGCUACGAAUUCCUUUUCAUCAGCUGUUGAGUUUUUUGCAUAAUUCAUAUUCUAACUUCAAUAUCGCUUGUCCACACCAAUUUCUGAUUUUAGUGCACCUUGCAGGGAAAUGAACCUGAAUGAUAGGAAUAUUGUUUUGUAAUUAUUAAAUAGUCGCUUGUUUACUUUUCCAUUAAGACAUGCUAAUAGUAUUCGUCUGGCAUUAAUUUAGUUAUUUUCGAAAGUUUGCAUGAAUCAUAUUAGCAUAUUUUUGAACUAUGCUUUAUUCGUUGUAUCUCUUUCUAUAUUAGUUCGUUUCCAUUAUCUCUUUGUUUAAAAAUUAUUUUUAAAACAAUUUUUCCUCGUUUUUUUUGCAGUAUGUUUCUUGACUGGUGCACUUUGCAAAUUUUUUCGUACGCAACCCCCCACUUGUGUUAUUGUAGUUGUGUCUUGUAAACAAUUUUAAAACCUGUUUUUGAAGAUGAAAGACGAGUGUAACAUGUGAUUGCGAUCUAUAAUGCUUUGCCCUGUUCCUAAUGCACAUUAAGGUUUUUUAUUUCACCAAUGGAAAAUUGAGGAAUCAGCGUUACCCGAGUUCUAUACUUUGUGUCGCAUCCCUCUAUAUUUACAGCUUUUUAUUGCAAGUAAUAGUUUUCAGAAAUAUGAAGUUGUUUCUUCAUAUAGUGAAGUUAUGCUGCUUUUUUUAAAUUUUGACUCUCUUAAUUUCUUUCAUUACUUGUGCAUAAUCAUUCACAGGUCUUUCUUCUGUAUCACGUGGAUUGAAUGUAGUUUGUAACCUGGAAGUUCUUAAUAAGUGGUUUCAAAGCUUUUUUUUUAAUCAAGCUUUCGUAAUAUAUUUGAAAGUGAAGCUGUUUUCAUCGAUGAUAGAAUAGCAAACAGAUUGUUUAUGAAUAGUUUUUGUAUUUUUGUCUUCAACUUUUUUGGAAAGAUUUCCUUUUGCAGACGAAACCUUGAUGGAUAAAAAUUCGAUAACAAUAUGUGGAUUGUGAUAAUUAAUCAGUUCAACCAUUAUGAUUUAUUGUUACCUUCCUUAGCGAAAUAUUUUGAGUACUUCUGAACAGUCAUGUAGAAAUAGGGUUUAUGAAAGACGUGG